UUGGUUAAAUAGUUAAGAAGGGUGCAAGGGUAUUGUUAUCAAUUUAUAACAUUUAAUUGGGAUAUUUGAUUUUAUUAAAUUGGUAAGAGAGGCAAGUGAUAUUUCAAAACCUCGGAGAAGUUGAGUGAUAUCACUAGAAAUAAAUGUGAGAGGUUUCUAAAAUUAUCCCAUUUUCCAUUCUAAAAUAUGCUUGUCGGAACUAUGUACAACUCUUGUUUAGCAUCGAAAUGCAAAUCCGGUAUAAUCCAGAAAAGUCAAAUAAUUAUUGUCGACCCCACCACACCACCUUGAUCUUUCAGUCUCUCUAUACUUGCGGAUACGAUUGCAAGUUUCUUACCUGCAAAUAUUUGCUUGUCUUUAUUCUGCUUCCUGACUCCUCCGUAUUGCUCUCUCCGUUGUUCAACAAUGGCUGCAAACUCACCUGAGAUACUCCAUGACUUCUCUCCCAUGAUCCGUGUAUACAAGGACGGCCGAGUCGAAAGAUUAUUAGGCAAAGAUAUUGUAGCUGCAUCGGUGGAUCCAGAAACCGGAACUGAAUCAAAAGAUGUCCAAAUAUCACCAGAACUAAACAUAUCUGCUAGGCUUUACCUGCCCAAAACACCUCGACAGGAUAAAAAACUUCCUCUUCUAGUUUACUUCCACGGUGGAGGCUUUGUGGUCGAAUCUGCCUUCUCUCCUCCAUAUCACACGCACCUCAACGCAGUAGUUGCAGAGGCUGGUGUUGUCGCAGUUUCAAUUAACUAUAGGCUCGCCCCCGAGCACCCUCUACCUACUGCUUAUGAAGAUUCUUGGAUUGCAGUCAAAUGGGUUGCCUCUCAUUCGAAUGGCCAGGGUCCUGAGGUAUGGCUCAGGGAUUAUGUUGACUUUGAUAGCGUGUUUUUUGGCGGGGAUAGUGCUGGUGGCAACUUAGCACAUAACAUGGCGUUAAGGGUUGGACUGGAGAAACUGGACGGCUUCAAUCUUGAUGGGAUUUUUCUCAACUGUCCUUAUUUUUGGGGAAAAGAGGCAAUCGGUGUUGAGCUAAAGAACUUAGAGAUGAAGGCCUAUGUUGAGGUCCUCUGGCAUUAUAUUCACCCAAAAUCUGCAGGGGCUGAUGAUCCAUUGGUGAAUCCUGUGAUGGAACCCAACCUUUCGAGGCUAGGCUGCAAAAGGGUGCUGGUUUAUGUUGCGGAAAAGGAUAUCCUGAAAGAGAGGGGGUGGAUUUAUAAAGAAGCUUUGGAGAAGAGUGAGUGGGGCGGAGAUGUGGAGGUUGUGGAAGUUGCAGGGGAAAAUCACGUCUUCAAUUUGUUCUUUCCCAAGGGAGAGAAUGCUUUGUCGCUGCUGAAGAAGUUGGCUGCUUUCAUCAAUAAUAAGAAUGAUGUGUAGAUGCAUCACUUAAAGAAGUGGAUGAUCACUUUGAUUAUUGUCAUUCCCCAAAUCUUUCCAAGUACUUAUUUGAAGUUCAUAUGCAAGUGUUUGUUUCAAAAUACGUAUUUUGUGGAAUAAUCACCGGUAAUGGUGAGAGAUAAAUGAUGUGAUUCGGUACAGGAAAUGCGUUCACAUUCACCCCGCUGGACCUGUUAACCAUUAUCAAUCAGGGUGUUUCUAUUGACCAAUCUUGCUUUAGCUUCUCAAGCC